AUGAGUGGUGACUGCCCCAACGGAAUGCCGACGCCGUGCCUGGCCAACGGUGGCCUGAGCGUCACCGUGGAUGGUGAGGAGACCGCGGACGAUUCUCCUCUGCUUCACCCGAUCAGCCCCGGACUGACUGUUGCUGCCGGCACCAUGUGGUACUAA